AUGACUCCAGAAUGCGGCCAGAGGAACUUGCCCCGGCCAGACCUGGUGGGUGUGGCCAUUCCCAUAUCGACCGCGCCUGCUCCUACCGUGGCCGCUCAGUCUGCCCGCCGCCGCGCUCGAUCGACCCGCCCAGUCGGUCAGAGGACUACAUCCACCCUGUCAGACAGACUGAUAGGUGCGAAAACGAGGAUACAGCGGUCACAAUCAUCGCGGGGUCGUAGAAGCGCCAAUCGUUCUGCUUCGCUAUGGCAUGUCAACGCGGCGGACAUGCAAAAAAGCGAGGAUUCGAGCCGUCACUUCUGGCUCCUCUACAGCCUCGCACCCCACGGCACCGACCGUGUCAACUACCGCGUAUGGAAGAAGCUGUUUAGAGCCUUGAGAGGUAGCCUCGUCUCUAGCUGGCUGUCGGCAUCUACUAGCUGGACCUGCCCGGGGACAUCACCAGCCUCAGGAACCUACCCAGCGACGACUUCCGGGACUAUCAGCGCGGGAACGGGUCUUACAUCCCACAAGCUCGCAGGAUACUCCUGCAGACCAGGUGUUCGUUUGACCACCGCUAAUCUCACUGCCAUCGUGGCCCAUUCUACAUUCGCCGCGACUGAGACCGCUCCUUUCUACAGACAAAAGACUGCCGCUCUUGGAGAAGUCUGCUUGGCAAGGCUAUUAAGCAGCGAUAUGCCGCCGGCGUUACUGCAGUGA